CCUCCACUCCCCAUUGCAGAGGCCCUCCCGUCCGCACUCUUUUUCCGACCACCGAUCAAAGAACCCCAAAUCCCUCUUCCCUCCGCUCUCCAUUGCCCUCCUUGUCUUCCGCAGUAGCCAUGGAUUCCUUCUGCAAGUCAGCCCGCGACUCGGCUUCCCCCUUCAACUGCCUCGUCUUCGACUUGGACGAUACUCUCUACUCCUCGAGGACCGGAAUCGCCGAAGCUCUGAGGAAGAACAUCGACGACUAUCUCGUCGAGAAAUGCGGGUUCGCGGAGAGCAAAGCCUCGAGCCUCCGCUCCGAGCUCUUCAGGACCUACGGCAGCUCUCUCGCCGGUCUGCGAGCAUUAGGCUACGACAUCGACGCCGAUGAUUACCACAGUUACGUGCACGGAAGGUUGCCGUACCACUUGAUCAAGCCCGAUCCUCAGCUCCGAAAUGUCGUGCUGUCCAUUCCGCAGAGAAAGAUCAUUUUCACGAACUCUGACGGAGCCCACGCGAUCAGAGUCCUGAAGCGUCUGGGACUCGAGGAUUGCUUCGAUCAGAUCAUCUGCUUCGAGACGAUGAACCCGAACCUCUCCAAGUCAACGCAUCCCAACGAGUUCCCCGUCCUCCUGAAGCCUUCCUUAGACGCAAUGCAGAUAGCAAUCCAGGCUGCGGAUGUCGAUCCUCGUCACACGCUGUUUCUGGACGACAACCACCGGAAUGUGGCCGCCGGUAAAACCGUCGGUCUUAGAACGGUUUUGGUUGGAAAAUCAGUGAGGACCAUGGAAGCGGAUUACGCAGUAGAAGCCGUUAAAGAUCUGCCCAAAGUGAUCCCAGAAAUCUGGGCAGUUCCAGUGGAAGGCCGAGAUCAAGCUCUCGUCCGGACCAGAAGUGAAAUCGAUUCCAUCCCGACACCUACCCCAGUGGGCGCCUGACCAACUGCAGUCAGUGCAGUUUGUGAGUUUGUUGUGUACAACAGCUCUGUAAAGUUAGAGCAACCUCCUAUCGGCACAAAUGACAUAACAUUUAUAGUUGAAUGUGAAUAAUGUUCCAACCAAAGAUGUUCAUAUCAUCUGUUAAUAAUAAUAAAAUAUAAUGAAGCGUGUUGUCCAUGUUAAUAUUACAACAUGAAA